UUACCCAAUUUCAAAACAGGAGGGAUUCUGGAACUCUGAUUUACGAAAAAAUGAAAGACAUCUCGAAAGUAAAGUAUCAAAGGAAGCAUUUGAAAAUGAAUUGCGACAUGGCGCUUGCAAAAUUAGACAAGUUCGAAUAAUGGUUGUUGGUCAUUAUGGAGUAGGCAAGACAACAUUGACAUACGGUUUAAUAGGAAAAGAUAUGAAAGGAAUUGAAAGCACUGAUGGUAUAGAUUUGUUUCGAGCUCGAUGUCGAAUAGAUGAUUCAAAUGAUGACACCGGAGAGUGGUGUUUAGUUCAAGAUAACUUUAUUUCUCCUGCUGCCUUGGCAGCGGCACCAAAUACAGUACUUUUCGACAGGAAAGGAAAGAAAACAAACUUUAAAAUAUCUGAUGAAACGUAUGAUAUAUUUAAAGCUGUUACGGCCUUGGCAGAAGAAAAGCAGAAACAUUCAUUUGAUAACGUUUCGGAUCCUAAUAGUACGACAACCCAAACUAGUACAUCGUUAUUGAAACCUGUAUAUAAAUCUCAAAAAACUCUCAUGCAUAAUAAAACUAACAAUGCAAACAAUGUUCCGUGUGUAAGACCCGAUCAAUCUUCAAAUGAAAACGAGGAAAGAAGCAAAUAUUCUUCGGAAUUUUAUGAAAAGUCACAGAAAGCACGAACAGCAGAGCUUGAAGAUCGAAUGAAAGAUAUAUUUAUCGACAUGUGGGACUUUGGAGGUCAGAAUGUGUUCUACACAACUCACCAGAGCUUUCUAACUAGUCGAUGUAUGUACUUGCUUGUCAUUAAUUGCGCCAAAGACUUGAAUGCAACACUUCAAGACAAGAGCUUACACCCGACACAGCAAUCAGAAUCUAAAAUUGAAGACUUUAUAGACUUUUGGAUAUCUACAAUAACAAAUUAUGCAAAGAGCAACGAAUCAGGAUUCCCUCGUAUAAUUCUUAUUGGGACACAUAUCGAUGAAAUAGUAAUAUCAAAGGAAGCAUUUGAAAAUGAAUUGCGACAUGGCGCUUGCAAAAUUAGACAAGUUCGAAUAAUGGUUGUUGGUCAUUAUGGAGUAGGCAAGACAACAUUGACAUACGGUUUAAUAGGAAAAGAUAUGAAAGGAAUUGAAAGCACUGAUGGUAUAGAUUUGUUUCGAGCUCGAUGUCGAAUAGAUGAUUCAAAUGAUGACACCGGAGAGUGGUGUUUAGUUCAAGAUAACUUUAUUUCUCCUGCUGCCUUGGCAGCGGCACCAAAUACAGUACUUUUCGACAGGAAAGGAAAGAAAACAAACUUUAAAAUAUCUGAUGAAACGUAUGAUAUAUUUAAAGCUGUUACGGCCUUGGCAGAAGAAAAGCAGAAACAUUCAUUUGAUAACGUUUCGGAUCCUAAUAGUACGACAACCCAAACUAGUACAUCGUUAUUGAAACCUGUAUAUAAAUCUCAAAAAACUCUCAUGCAUAAUAAAACUAACAAUGCAAACAAUGUUCCGUGUGUAAGACCCGAUCAAUCUUCAAAUGAAAACGAGGAAAGAAGCAAAUAUUCUUCGGAAUUUUAUGAAAAGUCACAGAAAGCACGAACAGCAGAGCUUGAAGAUCGAAUGAAAGAUAUAUUUAUCGACAUGUGGGACUUUGGAGGUCAGAAUGUGUUCUACACAACUCACCAGGGGCCCGUUUCAUCACAGGUCGUAGAUUUAAGCCUUAACUUAGGUGUACUUCCGGGACUUACGCCAAAAUUUAGUCAGGCGUAA